AUGAGUGACGAUGACGAACCAGAAGUUGAAGUGAAGGAAAAUUCUGAAGGCAUUAAAAAGGAACCAGAAGAUGGCUCUAUGGAAACGAGUGCAUUGAAGCAGUCGUCUGAAAAUGAACCUCCAACGACAUCAUUCAAUUGGGAUGAUAGAAAAGCAAUUGAAUGGCAGUCUCUCUAUGAUAUUAUCAAUUUGUUCGGUUGUGGGCUUAAACCUGAUUGGAUGGGUUUCAGUGCCUUACCAUUGAAAGCAGAGAUCAAAGAGGAAAUAAUGGAUGAGGAAACGAACGAUCUAAGAAGAGACGAUGCUGACUCUAAAGCAGUUUCAUCGGACGGUUGCACAUUCCUCCGGAAGGAUGAAAAUGGGCGAUCCGUUCUGAGAUUCUAUUGGAUUGACGCUUUCGAAGAUCCAAUCAAAUUUCCAGGUUCGCUGUUUUCAAUUUUGUGA